CCGCCCAAAGUUGGUUAUCAGCUGGACAGCUACGGCUUGUCUCGGCUUACAAGGCCAAGCCCCAAGACCCCUUUCUCUGACCUGGCUGAUGAUGAGAAGAUCUUUGGGGGUGAAGACAGCUCCCAGCUGGAACAGAGCCAUGAACCUGCCCUGCUCUCAGAGAUCACAGAGGAGGAUCUAGAAGCCAUCCGUCAACGUGAAGAAGCUUUCCAACAGAUUGAGAGUGAUAUGUUGGAUGUCAACCAGAUCAUUAAAGACUUGGCAUCUAUGGUGUAUGAACAGGGAGACACAAUAGAUAGCAUUGAGGCAAACAUCGAAACGGCCUCCUCAAAUGUCGACUCUGCCAACGAGCAUUUGGCCAAAGCGAGUCAGCAUCAACAGCGAGCAAGGAGAGUGAAAUGUUGUGUUAUCUCUGCUGGGCUGGUCGUUCUUCUGAUCUUCAUCAUCAUCAUCGCGGUUUCCAUCAAGAAAUAAACCCGGCUGAUUUUUUCACAGGUAGGGCCUUCUGACUGUCCCAAAGAUGCUUUUUCAGGAGGCAACUGGACUUUCUUGAUUUUUCUUUGAAGACGUUUCGCUUCUCAUCCCAGAAGCUUCUUCAGCUCUGACCGGAUGGUGGGGAACGGAAGGAUUUAUACUCCUUCCAGUUGGUCAUUUGUGUCCUUUUAGAGAGUCAUUGAGGCCACUUGGAGGUUUUAUCUGUGUCCUCAGGGGUCACCUAAUGGGUGUGAAGCCUUGGCUGCAGAAUGUUUACCGCCCUGGGUCCCUUCCCUGUUGACGACGGGCGCAGGCUGUUGGGGGUGCGUCUGUGUUGUCUGCAUCUCACACUGAAACGCAAACAGUUCCUCUAGUCUGCAAUGUUUUCUGGAAAUCCAUUCACGCUCCCGCCCCAUUCGAAGGGGUUCCAUCCCAAAGUGCAUAUGUGCUGCUAACAGCGGAUGUUUUUGCAUUGACAACAGAGGGAAAUGUAGCCAUCUUUUACCUUUUGCUUUUAGAGUUAGAUUAUGCUGGGAGGGAGGAUGUGAACGAGAGUCCAGCUAAUCAUAACAACACUAAACUUAG